CCACUUCAAGACUCAGCACUGACACAAACUGCUGGCAGCAAGAGCCCCAAAACCAAACUGAUGGCUUACAGAGGUUCUCAGGGUAAAUCCGAAGGCUAAGCCUCCUUGCAAGUCUCAGAAUCCUGUCGGGGCCAGAGGAAUGUCACAAUGCAGAGUCCCUCACUGAGCCUGUCUGGGUCUGCCUAUGGAACCACACCUGUGUUUACAAAGGGUCUACAAAACAUAAGAGCCACCAAGGGCCAGCUGGUGGUGUUUGAGUGCCGCGUUCACUCCACACCCACCCUGCAGGUUCACUGGUACAGGGAAUACGAUCGGAUCCUGGAUUCUGCCGAUUUCCGGAUCCUGAGGAAAAAGGCUUGUUCAUCAGCAGUUCCUGAGGAAGUCUGCACCCUGGUUAUUACAGAAGCUUUCCCAGAAGACUCUGGAAUAUUUAAAUGUGUUGCUGAAAAUGAAUUUGGGUCUGCAGCAUCCAGUGCACAUCUCUCUGUUUCCCCAGCUGGCGACUUCUGCGGGUCUGCCCCUUCUGCUGAGCCAGGGACGCUCCCGGCAGCGCUGAGCCGCGGCCGCUGCCCCCUGGGGCCAGGACAGAGCGGGAUAGAGCCGGGACAGAGCCGGAUAGAGCCGGGAUAG